UGUCUCUUACUAUAUGCUUAGAUAUUUCGUCCCCUUUCCUAAAGGCUUAUCCGUUCAUAGAUAGAAGCAUUUCUGUUGGCUUUCAGAGCCAACACAGUUAGAGAAGAUACCACCAUCACCAUGUCUUGCUUAUCUUGCUGUGUUUACAUGACCACUAACAAUUCAAAUCCCAACACCAAUAAUGAUUCACCACCACCUAAUUCCCUACUCCAAACCAAUACUACUACUCCUCUCAAGCCUCCCACCGAUUUAACAAAACAAAACAAUAAGAAGCAGAAGAAGCAUCAUCACCACCACCACCACAAGCCAAGGCAGCCUUCUGUCAUCGAAAUCGAGCGCGCCAUCGGUGCCGGCCGCUUCCGGGAUGCUGACCCCAGGGACUUGGAAGAGGAAAAGGAUGCGAAAUUUGACAUGUCAACGAUGAGUUUUCCAGACAAGUUCGAAGGGUCAUUGCAGAAGCAACUUCGUGAGGUCGGGGAGUGGAUGACUGAUCGAACAGAGAAAAGAUUUCGUUUGUCAGGCAAAAAAAUUCUGAAGGUAACGUUUAUCUGGUUACUACCAAUUUGGACUUUGUCACUUUUGGUUGCAUCUGGAGCCAUAAAGCUGCCCUUCAGCAAUCAGUUUCUUGAUCAACUAAUUAUGUGAACUUUCUAAACUCAAAUUAUGCUCCUUAAAUCAUAUAUAGCAAUUCUAGAGCAGAUUGCUUAGUUACAAUAAAAAUAUGUCAGAAAUCCUUCAUGAUCACAUCCUUGUCCAGUGUGUAUAGCAUGAUAUCCGUAUAUCUUAGACUACUUUUUCCCCCUUUCUUUCUUGAGAAAUUCUACU